AUGUCUGAUCCUGUCAAGAUUGAUCACGAAAUGACCGAGCACAAUGGUAUGCCAAUCGCAGGCAACGGUUCGCCAUUGAGCCGUCAGGUCACUGUAGCUCUGUCUCCCGAGCAGUAUGAGCGCCUCUUUUUCCAGCCAUCCGCUCCGCGCCGCGGAGAUCUCGCGAAACGUUUUGCCAACCCAACAUUGCUCGGUCUCAUUGGCUUUUUGGUCCCAUACACUUCGACCAUCUUGAUUCUCUGUGGCUUCCAAGGAGCAGUUGCUCCGCAAAGCUUGGUCGGUCUCAGCGCGGACUACUAUUUCUUCGGUGCCUUGGCCAUGAAUGUUGCUGGCAUUGCUGAGUUUAUUCUCGGCAACACGUUUCCCAUGGCAGUUUUUCUCAUAUACGGAAGUCAUUGGGGUAGUCUGGCGUACCAGCAGGAUCCCAUACACCAAACCACUUCUGCAUUCGGAGAAUUGGGAGGCGCGAACGGUGCGGCCUAUAACGCAUCCCAGGGCUUCCACAACGUUUCAAUGGUGCUCGCUAGCUUUGUCUUCUUGAUAGGAACGCUUCGUGUUAACCUCUUCUUUACCGCCACAUUCUUUGGUCUCGUCAUGCUCUUCGCUUUUAUCGCCGCCGCCGACUUUUCCGUCGCAUCAGCCACAACAGAAGCCGAUGUUGAACACAUCAACACGUUGCUGAAAUGCGCGGGAGGUUUCGGUUUCCUGGGCUUAAUAUCUGGCUGGUACCUUGCAAUUCUUACCGCUUGCGAAGCCGUGGGAAUUCCAUGCCCACUUCCCGUGUUCGACUUGAGCAGCAAAGUCUUCCCAAAUAAUAAGCCCCAGGAAGGCUAA